CAUGCAAAAACAAUGAAAUACAAUGAAACAAUUGAAAUACAAUUCUAAACUGUGGGUACACACUCAGUGUCAACAAAGCACUUGGCUGUAAUUGGUUAAUUAUACAUUCACUGGUUAUAAUUUCCAGAAAGUGGGUGAAAUAUAGUUUGUUUUAAUGUCCAGUUUAAUUUGUACUGAUUUAAACACCUGCCUGCUUUCUUCACUCAACAAAUCCUAAAUGGCUCUUUUACAGAUAUUUGCACUGUUGACCUAUUUUCAGUCACUUUGUUUCUAUAGGUCCGUCCAGUCAUAGGCAGCUAAGAGCUGUUUACAAAUUUUGCUUGCAGACUUUUAAAGGGCACAUUAACCAUCAGUAUGAGUGAAAUAUUGUGCAGAUUUUGUUUCCUGCUCUCAUCAUUUUUUGGACUAGUCAAUAAGUAGGCUACUUUUAGGACUUUACAACCUUUAACUUUAACAACCUUUAAAAACCUUUGAAUCAUAAAUGCAGCCAAUCUUCCUCAUCUACAUUUCCUCGUACAGAUGAGAUUGUCGUGUCUCAUGUUUGUUCUCUUCCUCUCUCAGUGAAGAAGAGCAGUUCUACAUAAACGGGAAACUUCCAGACUUUCACCAAGUGGACAUUCCUGACAUCUGGAUCGGCUUAUCCGGUAACCUGGCUCCUGUAACCUGUUUUGUUUAUAAAGCUAAUGUGAAGUAUAAUAAGCCUUUUUAGCUCAUUUUCCUGUUCCACUGCUCACCAGAUAAGUUCCAGGAUGGUGUUUUUAAAUGGGUGGAUAAAACAGACACUUCGUUUUCAAACUACGGCCCUGGUUGGCCCAGAAACACUCAAGGCAUGUGGGACUGUGGACAGAUCUUUACAGGCAAUUAUCAGGGUAAAUGGGAAACAACCAACUGCUUUAAGAGCCUGGGUUACAUCUGUGAGAUGACGGGUGGAGUGAACCCACAACCAACAGCCUCUCCGGAUGGCCACUGCGAUCGUGGGUACUUGUUGUACGGUGACUUCUGCUACCACUUUGAGAACGAGGAUGUGAAAAACUGGCACGACGCCGAAGCUCGCUGCGUCAGUGAGCAGGGUCACCUGGCCAGCAUCCACUCCCAGGAGGAGCUGAGCUUCCUGACCGCCCACAUGCCAGCUGAAGCGUGGGUGGGUCUGAACGACAUCACUAAUGAAAACCAGUUUGUGUACACCGAUGGAACACCUGCAGAUUUCCUCCCUUGGGGGCCCCACCAACCAGACAACUGGCAGAACAACGAGGACUGCGUGCACAUACGGGGAAUGAAUCACGUUGAGCCCGGACUGCUGAAUGAUGACUUCUGCGCCACCACAAGGGAAUAUAUUUGCAAAAAAGCUAAAGGACAAGGACCUCCGCCCCAGCCGCCAACAUCUGGACCAGGCUGGAAUGAAAAAUGUGGCUCGUGGAUGUUUGACCCGUUCAACGACUACUGCUACCUGUUUAACUUUCUGUCGGAAAGAACCUGGGCGGAGGCUCGAGCCGACUGCGUCAACCAAGGAGGAGAUCUUCUCAGUAUCACCGAACCUUUUGAGCAAGCCUUCGUCCAAGGAGUGAUCCAGCAGAGUCCCACUGGGAUCUCUCUGUGGAUGGGAGGUCAUGACUCGGUCAUAGAAGGAGGCUGGGAGUGGAUGGAUGGCUCUCCAUUCAGAUACAUCAACUGGAACGCCGGUAACCCAGAUGACUAUUAUGGUGAAGACUGCCUGUCCAUACUCAUCAACAACGGCUACUGGAACGACGACAACUGUGACAACAAAAGAGGCUACAUCUGCAAGAGAAGAGGUGGGAAAUAUUUGCUCUGCUGCCGAUUCUUACAAAACAACUUAAAUGUGCAAAUACUAAUUAUACAUGUUUAUUGUUUCAGGAAAAACACCUGAGCCUCCUCCACCUCAUGAUGGUAAAGACCUGUUUUUUUUUUCUUCCAGGAUUUAUCAACGUAGAGAGUUUGAAUGCUAUGAGCUAAAUGAAUGUUGAAACUUGCAUAAGAAGCAAAAACUGAGAUGUUGAAGCUAAAAG